AUGACUUCAUCGAAAAGGUCUCCUGAAGUGAUUUUCAUUGGCAUUGCUGGUCCAUCAGGUUGUGGAAAAACGACUUAUGCUAAACAUCUCGUCCACCGUCUUCAAUCACCUAUUUCUGUUAUUGGCUUGGAUGAUUUCUUCUAUUGUACAAAGACUAUCGAACAUCCUAUUCUCGGCCGGAUUCGAAGUUUUGAAGAACCCGAAACUCUCCAUGUAGAAAGUUUAGUAAACCUUUUGCAAUCGCUCAAACAACAUCCCGAAGACGUUACACGUUAUCGUCGAGGUGAUAUUUCUCUAACAGACAGCAGAUACAUUUAUGUUGUUGUCGAAGGUUUUCUCCUCUUCGGCCUAUCAGACAAUUUAACAUCUAUGUUUGAUAUUCGAAUAUUUUUCGAUUCAACUAUGGCUGAAUGUCGUUUGAGACGAUUUCGUCGUCGAUCGAAAAUUGCAUCGCAAGUACCUGAUGAUCAAGUACAAGUAACAACUGAUUUCCAGCAAUGGUUCGAUUAUUUAGUCUGGGAGGAAUAUCUGAAACGACGUGAUUUGCAAAUGUCGAAAGCGGAGAAGAUCUUUCAUUCCGAUCAGUAUAAAAAUCGUGAUUAUACGCAAUUGGAUGAUUAUCUGGAUGCACGUUUGAUAGAAAUCAUUGAAAAGAAAUCAUAA